GUGCAUCGCAGAGCGUCUUCUGUAACGGGACAUGUCGACCAAGGGAAAGUUUCUGUCGGGCUUUUGACGGAUGUGUGCCGUGGGACUAUAACUAUGGAUACAAACCUAUUUGCGAAGACGUGCUAGAGGAGGAGUGUGGGCUUGUGACCGUGAAGUUAGAGCAUCUCGGAUGCUUGGAAAUUGACAGCCAGUACAGUUCGUGUGGGGACGAUGAGGUGUACCACGAUAGUCAGGCCUGUGACGGCACAGAAGACUGCUCAACAGGGGAGGACGAGGUAAACUGUGACGAGUGUGCGAUGGAAUGUCUGACUGUUCUAAGUGACUCCUGCAUCCCGAGUGGUUGGAUCUGUGAUGAACUACAGGACUGUUUAGAUGGUAGAGACGAGCAGGGCUGUGUGCAAGGAGUACCCAAACACUGCUUUUUCACCUGCGGUAACAACGUCACCUGUCUGCCGACAAGUCAGCUGGGGGACGGGCGUCAGGACUGUGCUGGCGGCGAGGACGAACGACCCAGCAACAUUGAAGAGUCCCUGGGAUACAAGUGGGGCUCCUGCAGCCACAACUGCACGUCUGUCUACGGUAACGCGUCAUGCGUUCCUGACGCGUUCGUCUGUGACGGUGACGCGGACUGUUCGGAGGAAGAGGACGAGCAGGACUGUGAUCGUGUAGACUUCUUCCUCCGUGAGACAGAAGACUGCGGGACGUUCUACUGCAGCCUGCCCGGCUCUGCGGACCCGUACUGCGUGCACGGUCAUCUCAUCUGUGACGGACACCCGGACUGUGCGGCAGGGGAGGACGAGCAGGGCUGCGGCGGUAAGGCGCCGGGCCGCAUGUCAACUCAAACCGGCACCACGGGGAGCAUCGGACCGACCGCAGAACCGACAAGUGGUCAAGGAGCGUUCCAGAAUCAAACAGGGCUCUAUGACGUAAGCUGUGGUUCUCAGGACCAGGCCAUGACUUGGAUGACAGCGGCUGCACUGGGCGGUCAGAUUCUGUAUCUCAUGGCUGUCUAAUAAACCGACAAGGCUUUGGCUGUAUGAAACACUGAAACAAAAUUGUUUAGAAAAUCUCUACAAGAAAGGAUGAUAGCAUAAAAUAGCCUAAAAUAGUCUAGCCUUUGUUAGUGUUCGUCUUAAUAUUACCCGAAAAUUUGCCAGAUAACCAGAAACGGCCAAACCAAUAGUGUAGCAUAGCAUAGCAUACAUGUAGCACCCGAUGAUGCACGUACUAACAAUAGAUAUUGAAGUUAGUCUUAUUGUACACAAGCAAACAAGUUAUCUAUCGAUUUAAGAGUGAAUUUUCAUUAAUGUAUCUUAUGACUUAUUUUUCACCACAUAACUAGAAUUAGAGCUAGAGCUAGAUAAAUUAUCUAGCUCUAAUUCUAGUUCUGUGUGGUGAAAAUACACAUCGGCAUAGCAGCGUAUCUAUCUAUUCUUUAGUGU